AUGCUGAGGAGUUGGAAGCAAGCUUACCUGAAGAGCCGCGAGGACAUCGAGAUCUCGGGGAAGGGGAAGCGGUGGGAGUUCGAUCAGAAACGAUUGUUCCAGGGGACCGAGUACAUAGCCUCGGUUUGCGACGGUUUGAACCAGAUAGCCAACGUCCUCCAAGACUUCCACAAUAUCUUCGGCCCCUACCUCAAAUCGAUCAUCAGCGAUCCAGCCCAAAUCGACACGGUGAUAAAAAGGGUGGACAGACUGGUGAUGCCUAUACUGAACGCCGACUACAACAUAUUCGACGAGUUCAACAAGGAGAACUGGGAGGCGACCCUGUCCCUCUUCUUCGAGGAGGUCUACUUCCUCGAGAACGAGGCGAAAUUCUUCCUCGACGAGUGCUUCCACGUGUUGAUCAGCGCGGAAUCGGCCCUCGAGAUGCUGAUCAAAUUCAAGGACAUCAAGACAAGGGCCAGCAUCCAUCAGCAGUUGAUGAAGAAGUUCGACGUCGUGAUGCAACAGUUCAGCAAGGAAGUCAGCACCGUCGAGGGUAUAUUCAACAGAGGGAAGCGAAGCCCCCCGUUGUUGAGGUAUCAUCCCCCUAUGGCUGGCGCCAUAUACUGGGUGAGACAGUUGUUCCACCGCCUGAGAAAGCCCGUGUUGACGAUCCAAAACGUGGCUGAGCUCAAGUACAGCCACCUGAAGAUCCUAGCGUUCAACCAGUACUACGACCUCUCCAAACAAUUGAAGUCGUACGAGGAGUUGAAGUUCCAGCAGUGGACGGAUAAAGCUCAAAUGAUCGUGAUGAACACUAUGAGAAGGAACAUCCUGAUGAUGAUGCGAUCCGAUCCUGACAAAGGAAAUAUAUUUAAUAUUAAUCGUUCAGGUUUACUGCCCUUCCCUAUUACCGAAAAACCGGUGACGAGGAAUAUCCAAUCGGCGAAUCCGAAACCGAGGAGCAAGGAGUUCCUUUCACCCGGCUCCACCCCCCAGGAAUCGGUUCAAAACCGAGGCGACUACGAGAUGUCGAAGCCGAGCAUCGGUGAAAAUUGA